UUAGAAUAGCUCCUUUUAUUGCAAAUUUUAUAUAGAUAUACAUAUAUAGAUAUUUGAGAUAGAAAGUCCCUUUCCCUUCUUAUUCCCCCUCCUUUGGUUGUGUUGGGGUCCACUUUGCACAUGCUCGGAGGUCUCUUGCCCUUCUUAUUCACCUUCCUUUGGUUGCUUGGGGGUCCACUUUGCACAUGCUCAGAGGCCCCUUGCCCUUCUUGUUCCCCUGGGUGGAUGGGUUGGUGGGCUGGCUGGCUUUAUGGUUGCUUUGGGGCCACUUUGCACAUGCUCAGGGAGCCCUUGCCCUUCUUCUUCCCCUAGUUGGGUGAGCGGGUGAGCCUUUGGUUGCUUUGGGCCCACUUUGCACAUGCUCAGAGGUCUCUUGCCCUUCUUAUUCACCUUCCUUUGGUUGCUUGGGGGUCCACUUUGCACAUGCUCAGAGGCCCCUUGCCCUUCUUGUUCUCCUGGGUGGGUGGGUUGGUGGGCUGGCUGGCUUUAUGGUUGCUUUGGGGCCACUUUGCACAUGCUCAGAGGCCAGCUGCCCUUCUUAUUCCCCUGUGUGGGCUUUAUGCUUGCUUUGGGGGGCACUUUGCAUAUGCUCUGAAGUCCCUUUCCCUUCUUAUUCCCCCUCCUUUGGUUGUGUUGGGGUCCACUUUGCACAUGCUCAGAGGCCCCUUGCCCUUCUUAUUCCCCCUCUUUGGGUUGCUUUGGGGUCCACUCUGCACAUGCCCAGAGUCCCCUUGCGCUCCUUGUUUCCCUGGGUGGGUGGGUGGGCUUUAUGGUUGUGUUGGGGUCCACUCUGCACAUGCCCAGAGUCCCCUUGCCCUCCUUGUCCCAUGGGUGGGUGGGUGGGCUUGUGAAGGCGGGCUCCUCCUCCUCCUUUUCUUUGGCUCCGGAGCAGCCUCUUCCUCCCUCCCUCCCUGCCUCCCUUCCUCCGGGGCUCUUCUCUUCGUGGCGCUGGCCUGCCGGGGCCCCUCCCUGGGCGGCUGCGGCUGCUGCUUGGCGGGGCCUGGCGCCUCCUCCUCCUGGCUGCUCUCCUGGCUGCGGGGGCGGAGGGAUGCCCGCCCGGCCCGGCCCGGCCCUCCUCCUCCUCCUCCGUCCUCCUCCUCCGCCUCCUCCCUGACGGGUCUGGCUGUUCCUCCUGCGGCAGGUGCGGGCUCCGAGGAUGGCGCAGGGCCCGCCAUGUCCCUCCGGGCGGCCCCGACAGAGGACGGCGGAGCCUCGGCGCCGGCGGGACCCCCGGAGCUGUCCCUGGAAGAGGUGCUGAAGGCCUACGAGCAGCCGCUCAACGAGGAGCAGGCCUGGGCCGUGGCCUUCCAGGUCUGCCGCGGGAUCCAGGGCGCCGGGAAGGACGGGCCCGCCCGGGGGCCCCAGGGGCGCCUCGCCGGACCCGCCGACCUCCUCCUCCGCCGGGACGGAGCCGUCGCCGCCAAAGGAGAGAGCGGCCUGGCCGAACUCCCAUUGACUUUAACGCCUUCUGCAGAAGCCCAGAUGGUGCAGUCGCUGGGCUUUGCAAUCUACCGGGCCUUGGACUGGGGCCUGGACGAGAACGAGGAGCGGGAGCUCAGCCCCGACCUGGAGCGCCUCAUUGACCUGAUGGUCAACAGCGACUCGGAGGACAGCAGCUGCGGCACGGCGGACGAAGGCUAUGGCGGCCAAGAUGAGGAGGACGAGGAGGAGGAAGAGGCGGCGGCGGCGGCCAGGGGGGCCCUGCGCGCCGUGCGCACCUUCCGCCAGGUCAUGCGGCUCUGCACAUCGAGGCUCAGCCAGCCCCAGGAGGCCCAGGCGCACUACCAGGCGGUCUGCCGGGCCCUGUUCCUGGAGACGGUGGAGCUGAAGGCCGCCUUGGCCAAGAUCCAGGAGACCAAGGAGAUGUUGACGAAACUGAAGAAUGAAGACGAGGAGCUGAGAGACCGGUCAGUUGCAGACCUGGACAACCUGAGGAACACCGACUGGGCCCGGCUCUGGGUCCAGCUCAUGCGGGAGCUGCGCAACGGGGUCAAGCUCAAGAAGGUCCAGGAGAAGCAGUUCGACCCCUUGCCCACCGAGUACCAGCUGACCCCCUUCGAGAUGCUGAUGCAGGACAUCCGGGCUCGGAACUACAAGCUCCGCAAGGUCAUGGUGGAUGGGGACAUCCCUCCGCGGGUGAAGAAAGAUGCUCAUGCGCUCAUCCUUGACUUCAUAAGAUCCCGGCCACCCUUGAGACAGGCUUCGGAGCGGCGGCUGCGGCCGAUUCCUCAGAGGCAACGGACGCUGCAUGAAAAGAUUUUGGAGGAGAUCAAGCAGGAGAGGAAGCUUCGUCCGGUUGAAGAGCGCUUCCAGAACCAGAAAGGGUUCGGAUCCGUGCCUUGCCUGGUGAAGGCCUGCUCCGGUGACGCCAAGUCCACCUCCUGCAUCAACCUCUCCGCCUCGGACUCGGGGACCCCGGUCCAGCAGCGCCAAAGACCCCGGAUCCUGCUGAAGGCCCCGACGCUGGCCGAGAUGGAGGAGAUGCUCACCUCCGAAGAGGAGGACUCUCCCGGGUCGGAGGCUUUGCAAGGUCUGGGGCUGAAGCGCGACCGCUCUUUUUCGGAGCAGGACCUGGCCCAGUUCCAGAGCGAGAGCCAGAGCAAUGCGCCGGACGCCGAGAACGACGGAUACAGCGGGUCCGAACCCAGGCCCCGCUCAGGUACCCCCUCCGAUGCAUGGACCAGAAUCCAGAACCCGGGAUCCGUCCCGGCCAGUUACCACCCGGCGGUCUCUUGCGGCUCCAGCCCCUUCCCGGCCAAGCAGGGCUUCCUCAGCUCCGUGGAUGAAAAGUCCGAGGCCGGAUCGGGACCCCCUCCUCCGGAGUCCAGCAUGAAAUACUUGUGGCUGCAAGAGUUCAGCCACCCGGAGAGCUUGGCCCUGACCGUGGAGGAGAUGGUCAAUGACCGGCGGGUGCUGGUCAAGGCCGAGAUGGAGAAGUUCCAGCAAAGCAAGGAGCUCUACAGCAGCAUGAAGAAGGGCAAGAUCUGUUGCUGCUGCAAGACCAAGUUUGCCCUCUUCUCCUGGCCGCCCACCUGCCUCUUCUGCAAAAGGUCUGUCUGUGGUUCUUGCAGCCUGAAGAUCAAGAUGCCUUCCAAGAAGCUGGCCCACAUCCCGGUCUAUGCCUUGGGCUUCGAGACCCUGCCGGGCUCAUUGGGGCCCAAGGCACCCCCUUUCCGGAAGAAGGAGACCUUCCACCCCUUGCAGGGCACCCGCUGGCGGAGCGUGGAGGAGGAGUUCCCCUACAUCUACGCCCACGGCUCGGUGCUCAAGGACGUCUGCUCCGACUGCUCCGGCUUCGUCACGGACGUGGUCAGCUCCAGCCGCAAGAGCGUGGACAUCCUCAACACCGCCACGCCCGACCGGAGGAGCCGCAAGACCCAGUCCCUCUACAUCUCCUCCAGCUAGGCCCCCGACACCAUGGCCCCCAUCGUCCCCAAGCCUUUGGGUCACAAUCUGCACCGAAAGAGGAGCUGGAGAGGAAGCGCCAACGUCUCUGCUUUCUUGCAUCCACUCCGACACCCAUCGUCCCCGUCUCUGCCUGUGCUGUGUCUCCAAUGCACCAGAGAGGGAAAGGAGUCAAAUUCUUUUUUGGGUUCGGAAAGGAAGCCUCAACCUCUCCGCUUUCUAUCUUCCUUGCAUCCACUCCGACACCCAUCAUCCCCACCCGCCUGCAUCUGUGUAUACGUCCGUGUAUAUAUAUACAUAUCGAUAGACACUCUAUAUUUAUUAUCCACGGAUCCACUUGCUCCUGUCUUUCCUCCCUUGCGCCCCAGCCCUCUGCACAUGCUCUAUGGAAAUGGAGAAGACCAAGAAUAGUGUUUUAUGUGUUGUCGAAGGCUUUCAUGGCCGGGAUCACAGGGUUGUUGUAUGUCUUUCGGGCUGUGUGGCCAUGUUCCAGAAGCAUUCUCUCCUGACGUUUCGCCCACAUCUAUGGCAGGCAUCCUCUCAGGCAUCCUCUCAGGCUUAAGCGGCUGAGAGGGAAAAGGAAAGGGCCUGAGAGGAUGCCUGCCAUAGAUGUGGGCGAAACGUCAGGAGAGAAUGUUUCUGGAACAUGGCCACACAGCCCGAAAGACAUACAACAACCCAAUAGUGUUUUAAAUGGGCUGCAUUCCUUUCAUUGGCGUAUGGAGAUUCUGGUCAAAUUCCCCUUUCUUCUUCCUUUCCUUCCCUCCCUUGGGCCCCAGCCCUCUGCCCAUGCUCUAUAAAAAUAAACUUUACCCAUGCUUUGGCCAGGUCAGGCUUCAAAGGAAGCAAUUGCUGUUUGUGCCAAUCUACUUGCCCAGCUUGUCGCUGUUUUCGUUGCCUCUGGACUUCAACACAUGCCUUACGGACCCUGAAAUAAUAAUAAUCCACAAUUAGACGGAAGGAGAAGAUUCCUCCUUGCCUCCCUCUUCCUUAGAAGUCCUCCCAGCAGCCGAUGUUUUAUACGCUGCCUGCACUGUAUAGAAUUGUAAAUAAAAUUGAAAGCGAACCAAA